AUGAUAUCCACUGCCUAUCAGCACAUCUCCAAACGCCUUCUCGAAACCUUGCUCAAUCGGUAUCAUUUCAUGGAUCAUCUAAGGGCCACUCGAAAAUUUCUCCUCUUGGGUCAGGGAGACUUCAUUCAACGCCUUAUGGACCUCCUUGAACCGGAGUUGGGAAUGCCCGCACAAGCCAUCAUGCGUCAUCGCCUGAACGAGAUCUUGGAGACGGCAAUUCGCGACACUAACGCCCAAUACGAGGACUCUGAAAUCCUCCAACGACUCAAUGUCGAGAUCCUCGAAACUGCUGAUGGUGAUAGCGGAUGGGAUGUCUUCUCGUUGGGCUACGCAGUCAACGGCCCCCUCUUGACCAUCUUUACUCCCGACUGCCGCCUCUUCUACCUGAAGGCCUUCAGCUUCCUGUGGCGUCUCAAACGCAUGGAGUUCACUCUGAGCACCCUCUGGCGGGAGCAGCUUGUGCUGGCGCGUUUGCCCUGCGGGCUUUCGGAGGACCUCACACCCAUCCUCCACGUGGUCCAGCUCCUCUGUGCUGAGUUUCGCCACUUUGUGCUGCAAUUGCAGUACUACGUGAAUUUUGAGGCCCUCGAAUGCGCAUGGGAAGCCCUAGUUCAGAAGAUAAACGACGCAACCGACCUGGACGAGGUUAUCAACGCCCACAAGGGCUUUUUGAGCAACGUAAUUUCGCGCUGUCUGCUGGAUCGCAGCUCGGGUCAACUAAGGUACCAAUUGAGAGCCAUCUUUGACGUGAUUGUUAACUUCUCUCAGCUCAACAUGGAUCUACAGGACUUGGCCAAGGAGGAACUUGAGCUAAGGUCCCAAAUGCAGCGUGAGGUGGAGGGUUCAGCCAGAACGGGCACGUGGGGAACGUGCGACACGCCGGAGAACCAAGAAGUGGCCAGGCGCAAAGUCUUCGUUGAGACGACAAUCGGGCCAAUGAUCGCGCGUAUCCGUGUCCUCGCGUCCAGUUAUCGAGACAUGGCGACGGAGUUCAUGACCAUGCUGCAGAACCACACGGACCAGAGCCUUCGCCUCCUCGUGCAGAACCUCAACUUCAACUCGCACUACCUCGACACAACCAAAGAGGCUUAA